GCGGCGGGACGCGGGGCACCAUGAUGAGCGGCUACCCGGAGGGCGAGGAGGACACGGUGGCGCUGCUGGCUCAUAACACCGGCGCCGGCAAGGAGCCGGAGCGGGGCAAGGAGGAGCUGAGCGCCGACAAGGGCCCCGAGAAGCCGGACCCCUCGCAGAAGCCCCCCUACUCCUACGUGGCCCUGAUCGCCAUGGCCAUCCGGGAGAGCGCGGAGAAGAGGCUCACGCUGUCCGGGAUCUACCAGUACAUCAUCAGCAAGUUCCCUUUCUACGAGAAGAACAAGAAGGGCUGGCAGAACAGCAUCCGCCACAACCUCAGCCUCAACGAGUGCUUCAUCAAGGUGCCCCGGGAGGGCGGCGGCGAGCGCAAGGGCAACUACUGGACGCUGGACCCGGCCUGCGAGGACAUGUUCGAGAAGGGCAACUACCGCAGGAGACGAAGGAUGAAGCGGCCCUUCCGGCCGCCCCCGACCCACUUCCAGCCCGGCAAGACCCUCUUCAGCCCGGACAGCUACGGCUACCUCUCCCCGCCCAAGUACUUGCAGUCCACCUUCAUGAACAACUCGUGGCCGCUGGCGCAGCCCCCCGCGCCCAUGCCCUACACCUCCUGCCAGAUGUCUGGCGGGAACGUCAGCCCCGUCAAUGUGAAAGGACUCUCGGGCCCGGCGUCCUACAGCCCUUACUCGCGGGUGCAGAGCAUGGCGCUGCCCAGCAUGGUGAACUCCUACAACGGCAUGGGCCACCACCACCACCACCCGCACGCCCACCACCCCCAGCAGCUCAGCCCGGCCAGCCCCGCGCCGCCCGCGGCCCCGGCCGCGAACGGAGCCGGCCUCCAGUUCGCCUGCGCCCGCCAGCCCGCCGAGCUGUCCAUGAUGCACUGUUCCUACUGGGAGCACGACAGCAAACACAGCGCCCUGCACUCCCGCAUAGACAUCUAGGGAGGCUCCGGCCGGCCGCCGCCGCCGCGGAAAUGUCCUUGCCCCGCUCCCGCCGCCCCUCGGGGAUCCCGCCGCGUUCUCCUGCGCUCUCCUGUCUCUCCUCCUCUCUAAGCCGCGGACUUUCCUCUCCCUGUGCCCAAACUGUCGCGGCGGGGAAGCGGCAGCCCUGCUCCGCGUGUAGUGUAAGUGUAGGAGCCCGUCCUACCGUGAGGAGAAGGCAGUGUAAGUGUGGGAGCUUCCCCGGCGGGGCGAGCUCGGAUUUACCCAUCGCUUCUCUGCUCCUGUGUCCGUCUGUCUGUCCGUUUGUUUGUUUGGGGGGGAGGGAGCAUGUAAUGAAAAAUAGGCUGUUUAGCCCGCAAAAUUCUCGUUUAUAAUUCGGCCGUAAUCUUUUCGGGCUCAGCCUUGGAGAGACUAAAGCGGAGCUUGUAAAUAGGGGAGGCAUUUCCACGCGUGGCGGGGCCUAGACACUGCCGUGUGCCCGCGGUGCUCGUCCUCCUCCUCCUCCUCCUCUUCAUCUUCUCUUUCUUCCUCGGUCUGCAAAGCACUACGCUUCUUCCGAGCUGUGCCUUUUCGUUAAAAUAGUACUUAUGUGGGGACUGCUGUAACAGCAGGAGAUGUGCGAUAUCCUGGUUUUUAGAAACCAACAAACAAAACCCGCCAGGGUCACUCGUGAAACGUUUCGGCAGCAGUAAAUGUAUUUUUUAAAGGAGACAAUGUCCUCUGAGGUCUUAAAAGUAAUUUUAUACAGGUCUAAAAAAAUAUUUUGAUGUUAUAGAAAAAAAAAAAAAAGACGGUUUCCUAUAAAUUGGAAUAUUUUUCCGUGUGCAUAUUAUAAAUAAUAAUGAAAGUUUAAACUAUCUUCGGUUUUUUUUUUUUCACCCCAAACCUGGCCCAAAAUGGAUUUUCCGGUAGGUUCUGCUUUUGAAUGCUUGCCCUUUUUCUUAAAACGUUUUGAUCCUUCGAUUUUACAUAGAUUAAUGUGAAAAAAAAAUAGCAUUUAUAAUACAGGGGCCAGUUCAUAGCGAUUUUAUAAAUGUUUAUGUAAGCUGAUAGAUGCUGUGGCAUAGUACCAUUUUGGGACCAACUUUUCUAGAGUGAACUAGCACUUUUAUU